GAUCCCAAAAAUGAUUAAUUCAAUAAUAGAACAAGCAAUACAAUAUUUCUUCUUCUGAAAGAGAAUUCAAUACUUCUUGCUCGUUUAUAUCUUAAUUGGUUGUUCAUUGUUGUUUGGGCAAUUCAUACCACCCAUAUAUAAUGUUUCAUCUAAUAUAUAUGGGUAUCGAUCUUCAAUUUCUUGUGUUCUCGUGUGCCAAGAUCCACGCGCAUAUGAAUUUUAGCGUUGUAUUUUCUGGUUGCUGCAUCUUUAGAUUUUGUGCUUCCUCUAUUUUUUUGUAUUGCUGGACUUAGUUCUGUCUCUAUUCAACUCUAAGUGGAACAUUUUGUAUUUGGCAUGAGUUUUGUUAUGUGAAUUUGUUAAACACCGAUCAAGAGGAAGAAUAAGGACAUUGACACCAUUGUAGAAGGAGACUGCAAAGAAGGAAGCAUAGCAUGAAUAAGUGUGUAUGAGACUAAACAAGCUAGUAUAAUAAAGAAAGUUGACUCAGCACUAUCUUGUGAGUUGUCUUCUUGUGUUGAUCUUCUGAUUUAUAACAUAAUUGAGUGGAGAAGAAUAAAGUAAGAGAGAAUGAUGUUUCCAUUUUAGUAAAUGUGUCAAUUAGAAUCGGACAUCCUAAGAAACAUAAUGUAUCACGUACGGAGGGAGUACUUAAGUUUGUCUAAAGAAUGAAAAUCAGCUCAUGACUCUUCGUAUCUAAAGUGUGGCUUGUGUGUAUCUAAAGUGAAAAUGAAAGCAUGCAAAGUAGUGAACAAGCUUCUCCUUCCCAACUCAGGGAUAAGGUAGUUAGACUGGCUGAUGCUGUUUCUGCACAGGCCAUGGAUAAGGUAGUUGGGCAGGCUGAUGUGCCUAAGGAGUUGGACAUGUUUAGUGAGAUGGAGUCAAAUGUAGAGUUUAAUAGCAAAAAAUUACCAGUUUGUAAUUUGGAUAAACAUCCAGUAAAUGAAAAUACUGAUGGUCUUCCUGAGCAGUUUAGAGAUGGGAAUGCAAGCAUACCAAGCAUGGAUGCCAAUAGUAGGCAAACUGAAGAAUCAGAUAAAAACAUUGGAGACUCUAUGAACACUAAUGAGAAUGAAUCAAAUCCUUCUGUAGAUGAUAAAGAAGGCAGGGGUGAUGCAUCCACCAGAGAGAAAAUUAUUCCAGAGCAACAAGAGGUGGGUGCUGCCAAGCUGAAAAGAGGAAAAAGAGUAGCAUGGGGUAAACGUAUUAGAGAUGCACAUCCCAUGACUAAAAGUCUUGCAGAAGCAGGCACAUCAUUCGAAACUGGAGUCAGAAGAAGCAAAAGAGUUAGGAUGAGACCACUGGAAUACUGGAAAGGGGAGAGAUUCUUAUAUGGACGAGUUGAAGACGGCUUGAAGUUGAUCGGCUUAAAAUACAUAUCUCCUGGAAAGGGUAACGAUAGCCUGAAAGUGAAGCCGUAUAUCUUGUCGGAUAAAUACAAGGAUGUUCUUGAUCUGGCAGCUCGCCAUUGAGUACGUGUACAUGCAGGGGCGCACACACUAAAGAAGAGGGUAGGGCUUAAGCCCUUACCCAAAAUGAUUUUUUUUUAUCUUUUCUACUUUUAAUUUUUUUGAAUUUUUUUGAAACUAGUAGUAAAUUGAAAAUUUUAAAGUUA